UGCAGGUUCAUGUCAGCGUAAGAGCUGUUGCUCAGGAAUCACUUUAUAUACCGUAAAUUUUUUGUCCUGUUUGUUACAAAAUUCAAAAUGGCGUCCAACAUUGCUGGACCUUUGGGACGUAAAUUAUUUUGCCGUUUUCUCGGCGCUAACAGUAGAAAACAACUUUGGUGGACUAUCGGUGCCCAGUACACCAGUGGUCCAAGAGCUAUCAAGAAGGUGGUUGUAGCCAACAGAGGAGAGAUUGCUUGUCGUGUGAUGAAAACAGCAAAGAAAAUGGGAAUAAGAACUGUGGCAGUUUAUAGUGAUGCAGAUGAAAAUUCCAUGCAUGUUGAUGUGGCGGAUGAAGCUUUCCACAUUGGAGCAGCAGCAUCAAGGGAAAGUUACCUCAAAAUGGAGAAAAUCAUUGAAGUUGCUAUUCAGAGUGGAGCACAGGCUAUUCAUCCUGGGUACGGCUUCUUAUCAGAGAAGCCAGAAUUUGCAGAACUUUGCGAGAAAGAAGGUGUGAUAUUUAUUGGACCACCAGCCUCGGCCAUCAGAGAUAUGGGUAUUAAAAGCACAUCCAAAGAAAUCAUGGGAACUGCUGGAGUGCCAAUCAUUGAAGGUUACCAUGGUGAAGACCAAUCUGAUGAGAGAUUAAGACAAGAAGCGGAAAGAAUAGGAUAUCCUGUUAUGCUUAAAGCUGUAAGAGGUGGUGGUGGAAAGGGAAUGAGGAUUGUUAUGAAGCCAGAAGAUUUCGAUGAUGCUCUAGAAUCAGCCAGAAGGGAAUCUCUUAAGUCCUUUAAUGAUGAUAAUAUGUUAGUGGAAAAGUUUGUCGACACUCCAAGACAUGUAGAGGUUCAAGUAUUUGCCGACACCCUUGGGAACACUGUUUACCUGUUUGAGAGGGACUGUAGUGUUCAGAGGAGACACCAGAAGAUCAUUGAGGAGGCUCCUGCUCCAGGGUUAUCCUCUGAGGUGCGGCAGAAGAUUGGUGAAGCAGCAGUGAGGGCAGCAAAGGCUGUUGGCUAUGUUGGUGCAGGUACCGUCGAGUUCAUUAUGGAUAAAGAUCAAAACUUCUACUUUAUGGAAAUGAACACUCGAUUACAAGUUGAGCACCCUGUUACAGAGAUGAUCACAGGACAGGACUUGGUUGCGUGGCAGCUGAAAGUGGCGUCAGGAGAACGUCUACCACUUUUACAAGAAGAUAUCAAACUAACAGGGCAUUCUUUUGAGGCCAGGAUUUAUGCUGAGGAUCCUGAAAGUGAUUUUCUUCCAGGAGCUGGCCCACUGUUACAUCUCUCAACACCUCAACCAUCUGACACAAUCAGAGUAGAAACAGGAGUGAGGCAAGGUGAUGAAGUAUCAGUUCAUUAUGAUCCAAUGAUUGCUAAGCUUGUGGUGUGGUCAGAAAACAGAGAGCAGGCCUUGAGUUUACUGAAAGAAUCUUUACAGCAAUACAAUAUUGUAGGAUUGAACACAAACAUUAGCUUCUUAUCAAGUCUGUGUGAACACGGCCAUUUUAAGGCAGGAGACGUUCACACUGACUUCAUUAAGCAACACUAUCAAGAUCUAUUCCCCGCAAAGGUACCCCUGAGCCAUGAGAUGCUGGCUCAAGCCAGCUUGGGACUUCUUCUCUUCGAGAGACAAGAGCAAGAAAGUCGAGCUUCACUCUCGAACGAUCCCUUUUCAGUGUGGAAUUCUACCACUAGUUUCCGAAUGAACAAUGUCGCUAAAAGGAGAAUACGUCUCGAUGAUGGCGAUAAAAAGGUUUAUGUUAUUGUUUCUUACAACCAGGAUGGCAGUUUUACACUGGAGAUCGAAGGUCGACGCAUGCUCGUGAAAGGAAAGCUACAAUCAGAAGGCUCAAAGAUCAGCCUCGUAGCUAAUGUAGAUGGACGAAUCUUUAAAUCCUGGCUUGUCGAUCAAGAGGGAACCCUGCACUUAUUCACCAAGGAUGGUUGUCACAAGGUUCGUCGCCCGGUUCCCAAGUUCCUGAGGGGUGGUCUCUCAGUAGCUUCUCAAGGUUCCGCCAUGGCACCAAUGACUGGCACUAUUGUCAAGGUAUUUGUUGAGCCAGGACAGAGUGUCGAAGAAGGAGAAACGUUGGUCGUUAUGGAGGCAAUGAAGAUGGAGCACGUCAUUAGAGCACCAAAAGCAGGCGUAAUAGAAAAGGUACUGUAUGAUGCUGGCCAGACCGUGAAGAGACAUGCGCAGCUGGUACAAUUCCAAGAACAAGGUCAAGAACAAAAGGAGGAGGACGAGGACGAGGAAGCGCCUGAGGCCGAGUGAGAAGAAAAAACAAUACAGCGUGUGGACUGGCACAAGGAUAUUUCGCGGGGAGGACUGUGUUUCAAGAAUUUGGUGUCAAAGACAAAUUUAUAUUCAAGACUCUAAUCAAUACUACGGUGACCUAUCGCUUUCGCACUUACUAAGUUAACUUGGACCCUUUGAAAAGAGAAACAAAGCUCGCGAAUGAAGUAUGAACAAGAGGGGAAAUAAAUUAAAGUAUAUUAUAUUUAUAUCACGGCAAAGAUAAUUGAGUGUGUCGAUGUGUACUGGAGGAUUGUAACGAACCAUUUGGUCGUAAUACUGAUCAGAAUGCAAUUCGUCCUGAUGUUAAUGAUGCGUGAACAAUCAUACAGCCAAAAAAUAACCUAAGUAAAAUUAUUUUCAUUGCAUUAUAGUUAAAGAAAUUCCCUUAACCCCGACUGUAAGUCAUGUAUCGAGACAAAUAGGGAGAACUUGUUUGUUGAGUCGCGAUUUAAACCAUCAUUCACAUUUUAAACAACACUGAAAAUAAAUAUUUUAAAAAGGAAUUGUUAUUGGCUUGCUUGUGAAAAACCAUAUGGUAUCUGUCAGCUGUACAGAAAAGUUUUGAUGUUCAGCUACCACGAGUAGUCCCUCUGUCUCUUAGUUCGUCGUGCAUGACGCGAAAGAAAACCACGCGAAUAAAAAAAAAAAUGGCCGCGCUAAGGGCGGCAUGGACCACUGUUUUAUAGGUGAUUUAGUCAGGAGAGACACGAAAAUGAUCCCUAAGUGUCCAUUUCUGUCAAAAACCUUUACUUUACUCUCCUCACUGUCUGUUACAAUAAACUAUCCCUUGGAAUUCGUAAUCAUACCAUACCGUACGGCUUUUUAAGCUUGUGCUCCCCAGGUUUUCUCCGCAGUUCAACCCCUUAAUUGUACGACGAGCACCCCAGUCUUUUUUAUAUGGGAGUCCUCCCCCGGGAUCCAGACCAGUAAGCAACACGUUUCUUAUUCCUUCGGCGAAAUCAAGCGCUUCUGCAAAGGCUGCUUCUACAGGUUCAUCGCUGCCCACACUCCUGGACCUUGCCUCAUCAAACACUUCAUACAUCAGUUUGAUUCCUUACUAGUAACCUUACUCAAAGAAGCUGAUACUCGUUAACAAAUCUUUCCUUUGCUCCCAUUGUUAAAACGUAACUCUGUAGAAGCUCUAGUGCAAAGGCUGUAGUUAGAGAUCAACAAGUGGAUAUUUCUAAGAAUAAAACCAGUAUUGAUUUAGCUACUGUACAGGAAAGUCCUCAGAGCCUCCCUUUCCUCGCGCCCAGGCCCCGCCGGCUAAGAAAGACGGGCAGCCCUGGCACUCAAACAGUAUUUGCAUUGCAAAUUAAUUUACGUCCCCUCGUUUACACGAUGUCUUGGAAGCUUCUUUGUUCAACGCUUUGGCCAAUGCUGUGUCUAUAUCACAAGAAAUGUUCCUAAAUGUGUCCCAGACGCAAAAGUUUGCUGAUGGAACAAACUUAUUCAGUAACCAGAAGCAACAAGCGACCUCAAGAUGGAAAGUCGUGUCGUUGGCCAUCGUCGGCAAACAAGAAGUAAACAGCAACAUGGGACAGCUAACGUCAAUGGAGGAGUCAGAUACAGCUAGAUCAGGGCAAACAAGAAACACGUAAACAUCAAAAGAUUAGUGGAGGAAGUGAACUACAUCAGACGUGGCAGGAUUUCUUUGUGACGAGACGACUGAGGGAAGUCGAAGGCAAAAGCAAAAGCAAAGACAAGGGCAAGACACUGGAGGCAAUAUUAAGAAGUCAGGACACUAAGAACAGACAUACAUGAAGUACGCCAAGGACCAACGUAAGACAGAUUGAGAGAUUUUUCAAACCAAAAAGUAGGACGUAUAAGAUAGAUUUUUUCCGUGGACUAAACGUUAAGAUCGGCGAUGUUUUCCUCGCAAAAAAACUGUCCCGAAGAAUGAUUUACAGUUAGGUUUUCGAGAAAAUGUUUCGUCGACUUUGCUUUACAAAUUUUAAUCGUUUUGCCUUUGUUCACGAUGCAAGAGCUUGGUGGAUUGUGUGACUGACGCGUACGUGUCUCUUGGAAAUCAGUGGUGUUGCGUUACACUAGCGGCCGUUGAGAAUACGUUAAUAAGGAUUUGUGCGAGAAUUUCAAUACACGGCAUUGCAACGGGAGAUUUAACUAUUAAUGUAGCAAAUAAAGAUUGUGAAGUGCCUUUUGGUAUUCUGUUGGCUUGUUUAGACAAACAGCAAGGCAGCAGGGUACCAAAAGAAACUUUAUUUUCUUUAUUUUCUGAGAUAGCAGUUAAAAUACGGCAAAAUUUCCUGAAUUUGAAUAAUUCCCGUUCAAAACUUUUUAACAUAUUCUCAACGGUCGUUAGUGUAAGUAACACUACUGUUGUUCAAUAGUCAAGUACGUUUCUAUCAUAUGAUUCACCGAGUUCUCAUAUCGUGAGCUUCGUAAGUCUUCACAAGUCCUCGUAAAUCAAAUUUUCUAUAGUUAGUCUUCGUGUUUAGAAUCGCAACUUUUUGCUAGUUUUCUUUUACGGACCAAAAUUAUAUACAAAAUCAGUUUCUCUUGAUUAUUAAAUGUUUUUAAACAUUUGUCUUGGCUGCCUAAAUUUUACUCUUGAGGUAACCCAUGUCAAAAUUUUUAAUUUUCCCGCCAAAAAACUUAGAAAAAAUACGGGCGCUUAAAAUACGCAUGCGCCAUUUUUUUUUCAAAAAGAAUCUUUAUACUUGGUGUAAGUAACUUGUGUUAAAAAAAUUAA